AUGUAUGGGUACUGUUGAAUGAAAACGUUGAAUCUAUUUUUUUUUGAUUGACCAAUACAAAGAUAUUUGGAAAUAAAAAGUGUCUUAACAGAUGAAAAAUGCCACGAAGAAAGAAAAAAUCAAAUGCUGUUAUAAGGCGUGAAGACAGAGAAAGAAAAAGAAAACAGAUUUGCAGCAAACAUGAAAGUUCUAAUUCCUGUAUAAGUAUGAAUACUGUGAAAGAAUUUCCUCAAAGGGAACAAUUAGUGAAAGCAAAAAUAAAAAAAACUUGUUGCAAAACGUCAGAAACAGAAGAUUCCUUUAAUCAAAUUGACAACCAAUCAACUUCUAAGACGCAGGCAUCACCGAGCAAAAAGAUUGUAACACAUUUGAUGUCAGACCAAUCGCUGAAGGAAUUACAACCUGUAAAAGGCCAUCAACAAACUACUAAAGACACAAAGACAGAAUUCAUGCUGAAGAGAACAUUACAAACAACACAUAGUGUAACAUCAAAUAUGUUUAUACAGGGUAUUGAAAACCAGUCUGAAAUCCAAACCAAUCCAUUAAGGAAGAGAAAGAGUGACACAAUCAUAACUGACAGUGCAAUGAUACCACAAAAAAAGAAUGAAUCAAUUGAUGAUGAAAGGUUGGAGGACAUAGAAGAAGUACAGAUGUACAUAAGAACACAUGCUGAAGAUGAACAUAGUAACUAUGAGGAAUGUAGUAAUGAGUUUAGUCCGUUAGAUCAUCCACAGGAACAGAGAAGAACGCUCAUAAGAACACACACUGGAGAAAUGUUCCAUGACUGUGAUUUAUGUGGCAAGGAGUUUCGUAGCAGAUAUGACUUACAGAUACACAUGAGAUCACACACUGGAUUCAAACCUUAUAAAUGUCUGAUAUGCUGUAAAGACUUCAGUGUGAAAAGUAGCUUUAGCAUACACAUGAGGAGACAUAAAGAGAAGGGAAAUAACCUUUCAGAUUUGCAAAUGUACAUAAGAACACAUGCUGAAGAUGAAUAUAGUAACUAUGAGGAAUGUAGUAAUGAGUUUAGUCAGUUCGAUCACCCACAGGAACAGACAAGAAUGCACAUAAGAACACUCACAAGAACACACCCACUAUUAAAAACUGGAGAAAUGUUCCAUGACUGUGAUUUAUGUGGCAAUGAGUUUCGUAGCAGAUUUGCCUUACGGAUACACAUGAGAUCACACACUGGAUUCAAACCUUAUAAAUGUGGGAUAUGCGGUAAAGACUUCAGUGUGAAAAGUAGCUUGAAAAUACACAUGAAAAUACAUGAAAAGAAACCUUACACAUGUGAUAUAUGUGGUAGAGGGUUUACACAGUCUCAUGACUUACAGACACACAUGAGAAUGCAUACUAGUGAUACACUUCAGAAUUGUUUUGUAUGCGGUAAAAGCUUUAGUAAGACAACUAACAUGAGUGCACAUAUGGGCACACACACUUGUGAUAAAAAUCAUAAGUGUGGAGUAUGUGGAAAAGGAUUUAUUGAGAAUAAAGGCUUACAUAGACAUUUGAAAACACAUACUGGAGAUUAACUUCAUUACGCAUUUAUCAUGUUUAUAAAUGUUUGGAAAAACAUAUUUUUGUUCUCUCGAAUUCGUAGCUUAAAUGUGAAGUAUGUGGAAAAAAAUUUAUUCAGAAUAAAAGCUUUAAGAAACAUUUGAAAACACAUACCAUGCAUACUGGGGAUUAACUUCAUUCCGCAUUUAUAAAUGUUUGGAAAAAAACUUUUUUGUUCUCUUGAAUUCGUAGCUUAUUACCAUUUAAAGAGACAUAUGACAACGAAUACUGGGGAUUAAAUUCAUACUUCAUAUUACUUCAAAUUCCAGCUCUAAACACCGUAUCUUCAAAGAUUAUUAGAUACUGUUUAAAGGGGAAUAAUCCUUACAUAAAUUAUUGAUUGUCUCCCAUAUUACUUCAUAUUCCAGCUCUGAACACCAUAUCUUCAAAGAUUUAUAGAUACUGUUUAAAGGGGAAUAAUCCUUACAUAAAUUAUUGAUUGUCUCCCAUAUUACUUCAUAUUCCAGCUCUGAACACCAUAUCUUCAAAGAUUUAUAGAUACUGUUUAAAGGGGAAUAAUCCUUACAUAAAUUAUUGAUUGUCUCCCAUAUUACUUCAUAUUCCAGCUCUGAACACCAUAUCUUCAAAGAUUAUUAGAUACUGUUUAAAGGGGAAUAAUCCUUACAUAAAUUAUUGAUUGUCUCCCAUAUUACUUCAUAUUCCAGCUCUGAACACCAUAUCUUCAAAGAUUUAUAGAUACUGUUUAAAGGGGAAUAAUCCUUACAUAUAUUAUUGAUUGUCUCCCAUAUUACUUCAUAUUCCAGCUCUGAACACAAUAUCUUCAAAGAUUUAUAGAUACUGUUUAAAGGGGAAUAAUCCUUACAUAAAUUAUUGAUUGUCUCCCAUAUAACUUUCUCUUCCAUGUGCAUACAAUAACUGUUCAGUGUUCUAUUGUGGUGUGUUGUAUUUUAUUUUAUUAUUAUUUCAUUGUUAUAACAAAAAUCAUUGUAAUCAUUGUAUGAAAUUUAAAACCCGCAAGGGUCCAUAAUUGGAUUAAUAAAGUAUUCUUAUUCUU